AUGUUUCAACAGAGAACAAGCUCGCAAAAGCCCGGCGAAGACCUGCUCGCCAACUUCCGGCAGCAGUUUCCCCAGGUGACGGUUCCGGGGGCUGCGACAUCACCGACAGUCGCAACUUCGGCGCCUGCUGAGAAUGCCGUGCUCGCCGCCGGCGCGUCGCAACAGGAGAGGAGCCAGAGCCUAAGCCAGGAUGCAUUCCGGGACCAAGACCCAACGCCUCGGGCGUCAGCGGAUCCCUGGAGGUUUACACCUUCGCUGCUAGACCCCAACCAGUUUUCCUUCUCGGCCUUUGCAAACCAGCCGCCGGGUUACUACACGCCCACACCCGGCGGCACUAACACCAUCUAUCACCCUCAGGCCGGGGACUUGCACACGCCCACGUUAGGUCUCGGCAUGGGCCUGGGCACGCCGUUGUCCAUGCCGACCAGCGACGGCGCAAUGCACUCGGGGCAGCCUAUGAUGGACCUGAGCCACUUCCAUCACGGCGGCCUCCCGGCGCACCAUUUCCAGCACCAGUUCAACCCCUUCAUCCAGCCGACCCCGCCGCAGCAGUCGUUUGCGCCGUCAUCGUUCGUGCACCAGGACACGGGCUACGAAACCAUGGACCAGGAUGGAUCCCCUCUCGACUCGGACGGCCGUGAAGGGCGCAUGGGAUCCCUGGAUGCCACUUUCCAGUCUCAGUCACCACCCAUAAUGGGCUUCCAGGCUGGCCAUUUCGGCGUUCCCAUGACCCACGGGAUCCCGGCGUCUGCAGAAAAGUUUCGGUUUCAUGCGACUCUGAACGCGCCGACGGCUAUGAUCAAGCACGCCGACGAGAUCCCGGUUACGUACCUCAACAAAGGCCAAGCCUACUCGCUGUCCGUCGUGGACACGACAGCAUCGAUGCCCAUUGCCCCGGGUACGCGCUACCGGACCUUUGUUCGUAUUUCGUUCGAGGAUGAACAACAGCGACUGAAGCCAGGUGUUUGCUGGAGCUUGUGGAAAGAAGGCCGCGGUACUAAUGAAGCUCAUCAAAGAGGCGGAAAACUGCAAGCUGUCGAAUACGUGGAAGCUGGCCAGCCGGCCGAGGGCGACGACAAGAGAACUCGCGUCGAGUUGGACACAGCAUCCUUCGAUGGUUUUUCUGUUAUUUGGACGCCCGGAUCCAACGGCGCCCCCGAGUGUAAUGUUGCCGUUAGGUUCAACUUUCUGUCAACUGACUUCAGUCAUUCGAAGGGUGUCAAAGGCAUUCCGGUUAGGCUGUGUGCAAAGACUGUCGCGUUACCUUCUGAUGGCACUUCGCCGCCACCAGACGCCGGCUCCGAGAUAUGCUACUGCAAGGUCAAACUUUUCAGGGACCAUGGCGCUGAACGCAAGCUGUCAAACGAUGUAGCCCACGUCAAGAAGACGAUCGACAAGUUGAAGCAACAGAUUGCACAAGCUGAAAGCGGGAUGAAGGACUUCGGCAAGAGGAAACGAGGGUCCGCCAGCCACGCAAAGGCACAGGACAGUCAGCGGCCUGGCAAGGCUCCUAAGCAUAAGCGAACCUGGUCAAUGUCUUCAGCUAGCUCGGCUGGCGGUGGGGGUGGAGGAGGUCGACCCUCACUUGAGGAUGAUCUGCAUUUCAAGCUUCAGACGUUGCAGGAUAUGUUCACAAGCACCCGGCCAGUCAGCGUCCUUUACCUGCGAGGAGAAGACCUAGAUGACCCAGAUCUGCACCCAGUCACACUGGCAGGGGAGCCAAUCGACCUCACGAAGGUAGAAUCAAAGGAUAGUUCAGCAUGGCAAGUGCGAAGUGGGCAAAGCUCGGUGGCGAAUUCAUCGCUGGUGUCGCCUUCUCCCAGUAACAUGUCAUUGCAGUCGCAAGUCUCGGUCGCUGGUCCUAAACCUCAGUGGGCCGAUUUGCAGGGCUCGAGUGAUCAGCCCGUGAUUGCCGACAAGCCGACCAAGGUCAACAAGCUCGAUGAGGCCGGUAAUCUGAGUGGCUGGAUUGAAGCCCUCGGAGUUGAUUCAUCGUACCGACCCCCAGCCGAACGGCCUGCCAAACCUGUGGCAUGCUUCUACAUCGCGCGGCGCCAGGCAUCCGCCACGGACAAGAGGGAACUCCACCGCGCCAUCUACCUGACGACAAGAAGCCUGUCUGAGUUCGUGGCGCGCAUAUCUGCCAAAUGGGGUCUGGAUGCAACCAAGGUCGUCCGAACUAUUCAUGCACUGGAGAGUGGGUUGGACGUGGAGAUGGACGACGACGUAAUACAAGCGCUCUCCGAGGGCCAAGACAUGGUUCUAGAGAUUGCCGAAGUUGAGACGCAGGUCCCUCAGCCCAGACGAGAAUGGGAGAUGGCUCUUGAUGGUCCGGAACAGGAGGAAACAGCAUCAGCACACAGCGUUUUGCGUACAACAACCGGCUACGAGCUUCGACUUACAUUCUAA